AUCACUACAUGUGACUGCUGCGUCAUCACGUGAUUGCUGCUGCGGGCGAAACCCAACUUGCUAGUGUUACUUCCGGAGUGCGGAGCUAGAGAGUGUGACGACCCUGAUGUUUACACCAGUUUUACCAUGACCGCUUCUACUUUAAAGACCAACUGAGUGUGUAAGACCGUAACGUGUAUCUAUUAGGUGCUGAGAUGGAGUAGAAAUGCAAGAGUUCAACCUACAAACAUGUGACCUGGGAGGACAGUAACCUACAGACAGAGCUCACCUUGAUACACCUCAGUAUUAAAGAUGGCAGGUGGGAACUUCUUGAGCAAGGUGCGGUCCGCCUUCAGGAGGGAGAGGAGCGACUGGGACCUGAGCGACACGGCCCCCCUCGACUUCGCUGACGAGCUGGCGGACGAUGAGACGCCCAAGUUCAACAAGCUGAAGGUGGUGGUCUCCGGGGAGAUGUCCGACUACUCUGCCGGAGCUCCGUCCAACGGGGUGGCCGUGAACACGCUGGUGGUGGCGGAUGAUGAUGACUCGCUGCUCGACUCCUCUUCCAGCCUGGGCAGCCCGGGGUUGAACAUGGACCCCUGUGACAGCUGCACCAAGAAGAGGGAGAAGAUCAAGCACAAGAGGGUGAUGAAGAGGCUGGUCUUUGCAGCUUUGCUGUAUUUCUUUUUCAUGACAGCUGAGAUUGUAGGUGGUUACUUGUCAAACAGCUUAGCCAUAAUGACUGACGCUGUGCACAUGCUGACAGACGUUGUGGGCAUUUUGUUUUCUCUGCUGGCCCUCUGGCUCUCCACCAAGCCACCCACAAGGAGAUUCACCUUCGGCCUGCAUCGCCUCGAGGUGGUAUCGGCGGUCCUCAGUGUGGUGCUCAUCUACAUUCUGACGGCCGUUCUGCUCUAUGAGGCGGUUCAGAGGACGGUGCACCAAGAGUUCGACAUAGAUGGAGAUAUCAUGCUCAUCACCGCAGCUGUGGGAGUGGCUGUCAACCUCAUAAUGGGUUUCUUGUUAAACCAAGGUGGCCACCUCCACUCACACGGACAUGGUCACUCUCACGGCCAUGGUCAUUCUCACGGCUCUGCAGCCUCAGGUUCACAGUCAGCUGGGUCGGGUCAGCAGCACGGCAGCCUGGCUGUAAGAGCUGCCUUCAUCCACGCUUUGGGAGACCUCGUCCAGAGUGUCGGGGUGCUCAUAGCUGCCUACAUUGUCCGCUUCAAGCCGGAGUUUAAGUUGGCAGACCCCAUCUGUACCUACAUCUUCUCCAUUCUGGUUCUCGUCACCACAUUCCGCAUCAUACGAGACACAUCCGUCAUCGUGCUGGAGGGUGUUCCCAGACAUCUGGACACCCGGAGAAUCAGAGAGGACCUCCUGAAGCUGGAGGACGUCCAAUCAGUGGAUGAGCUGAAUGUUUGGGCGCUCACAGCUGACAAGACUGCAGCACUAGUGCAUCUGCAGCUCACGCCCUCUAGUGCGAGCAACUGGGAGGACGUCCAGGCGAAGGCCCGCCACCUGAUGCUUCACACCUACGGCCUCACCAGGUGCACAGUGCAGGUGCAGACACACCGGCUGAGGCCGGUACGCAAUUGUACACACUGCCAGCAGGUUAGCGACUAAAGAGAGAGACUCCUGCUUACGGUGACCUCCACAGUGUGGUUCAUGGAGCCAGACGGCAGAGAGUACAGCACACAGAGAGCCUGGAUGUCGCACCGUUGCCUGUCACAGCUCAGUGACCGAGCAGGACAUGGUAUGUAAAUGCAUAAAAGACCGGUGCCAAAAGACAGUCGGUGGAACAACAAGGAGAUGCACAUUUCUAACUAAAGGAUCACGACAGCCUCCAUGGACCUUAUGCUCUGACGCUUGCAAAGCUUUCGGAGUGGAGUUUGAAUGCUUGAAGUCUCAACCGAGAAGAAUGAAAAACUUGCUCUUAAUUCACCAUUCAAGCCUAUUCCAACCUUUAACUUUUUUUUGUAUUUUACACUUUGAUUUAUCACAAAUGAUGUUUUGUCAUCAGGUGCAAAUUUUACUUUUUGUUACUAGGUGUAGGAGGACUGUAUUCUAGGAUUUUAUUAUUUUACUGCGGAUGUCAGCAAAUGAAAAUAUGCAUAUACGGUGCAUAUGAGCUGUCCUCCUCAUCACUGGCAUAAGGGAGGCAAAAACACCUUACUGUGUCCCUUUAGUAGACAUUACAUCUCAUCAAAUGCACUUAAUCAUUAAUAUUCUUCUGCCAAAGUCUGUUGUAAGGCAGAUGUCUUUAAAAGACAACAAUUGUAGGUAUUCUUAAAGCAGCCUGUACUGAACAACACUUAAAACACACUUAACAUUUUAUUCUAGCAUGUCUCUUAAUUAAUUGUGGGGAGCGCGCAACUGACAAUCAAAGUGUGGCUGACUUUGAAAAAGGCGAAAUGUUACUGUGGUCGGACCAACGUCAGUAUGGUUUCAGCCUAACACUCUAUACUCAGCUUCUUUCCAUAUCAUUAACUUACAGUAUGAUAAUGCAGACAGGUUUGUGAAAUCUUCAGUAUUUCAGAGUUGCUGUGUUCUUCAGGGAGGGAGGUGUGAGUUGAAAUGUGCCAAUAACGGUGUUAAUAGUAUUAUCUCUGUCAGGUGUUGAGAGGCUGUGGGGGGUUUUAUGAUAAACCUUUCAUCGAGAGAAAUCAGGAACUGGAUCACUGUUUUUGUUUAUAAUAAAGUAUUUAAUCUUU